AUGGCAGGAUUUCUCAUUCCCCCAUGGUACAAAACGGUGGCACCAGGCCCCGAGGACAUGUAUAUCGCCAGUAUUGUCUGGGGUUUCACGCUUAGCUGUGGUGUCUUCAGUGCCAGCAAAGCUGUUCGCCAGAGCAGCGUUGGUUGGAAGCGAUCCCGUCGACUCACUCCUUAUGCCAUCAUGGUUUGGCUAGAAUUGCUAGCAUCAUCAACCAUGGGAAUUCUGACGUGGUUAUAUCUUCAUGGAAAUCUGCAACCAAGUUUUCAACUAUUCUUCCUACUCGUAUGCCUCUGGGUUGUCCAAAUCCAAAUGCUUAUGCAGAUCAUCAUCAACCGGAUUUCUCUUUUGAUAAGAGAUCAACAUCGGGUUCGGAAUCUCAAGUGGAUUGUCGCUGCCGUCUUGGGCGCGAUCAACAUUAGUGUCUUCUGCAUCUGGAUCCCAGCUCGCUUGCAGAUCUCAGAGAAGAUCAUUUUCGUUAAUGAGAUCUGGGACCGGAUCGAGAAAGUCAUCUUCCUGCUCGUUGAUUCCGGCCUCAGCCUCUACUUUAUCUAUUUGGUGCGGGCAAAAUUGCUUGCCAAUGGCUUGACGAAGUACAUGGUACUCUUCAAGUUUACACUUGUAAUGGUUGCGUUCUCGUUGUCCCUUGAUGUCGCUCUUAUCGGAACCAUGUCUCUACCGAAUGGUUUUGUCUACGUUCAAUUCCACCCCCUUGUCUACCUUCUGAAGCUUCAUAUCGAAAUGAAGAUAGCCGACCUUAUUGCAAAAGUUGUCAGGGCAACUAGUUCUGAUGCAAGGCCCUCUACAAGCGGUGGAACCGAGCUGCGGGCGAAUCGAAGGACCAUAACAAUGCCAAGAGAUCAAAACGGAUCAAAGGGAUACUCGGCCCAUGUCACCGCCAACGCGCCAGACCGAUAUCAUGGCCACGAGGACCUGGGAGACGAUCAAUCCCCUCAUGAAUUUGGAGGGAUCAGAAAGACGAUUUCCACAACGGUGGUGCAGAAGGUGUCGGACGAGGAUGAGAUCGGGAGCGAGUCGUCCUCUACACGCCAUCUGAAAAAGUAA